AUGCGGAUAUUCACGUCGCCCUCAGGACGGCGUGCGAACGCCGGUACAAAUAUGCUGACGACGUUAUGGAGCAUCGCAUCGUUAAUGCCAUCAAUGGCCUGGGCAGAGAAGUCAGCCGCCGACUACUUUGUGCAUUCGCUGCCAGGGGCUCCUGAGGGCCCACUGCUAAAGAUGCAUGCUGGGCACGUCGAAGUUACCCCCGAGCAUAAUGGCAACAUAUUCUUCUGGCAUUACCAAAACAGGCACAUCGCGAACAGACAACGAACGGUGAUAUGGCUGAACGGCGGACCAGGCUGUAGUUCCGAGGACGGUGCUUUGAUGGAAGUUGGGCCGUAUCGAGUCAGGGACGGAUCAAAAGGACCAAACCUCGAAUAUAACCCAGGAUCAUGGGACGAAUUCGCGAAUAUCAUGUUCGUCGACAACCCAGUUGGAACUGGCUACAGUUUCGUGGAUACGGACAGCUAUGUGCGGGAACUUCCCGACAUGGCAGACCAAUUUGUCAUAUUUCUAGAGAAGUGGUUCAAACUCUUCCCACAGUACGAACAUGACGAUUUGUACUUGGCUGGCGAGUCCUAUGCUGGCCAACAUAUCCCCUACAUUGCGGAUGCGAUUCUCAAAAGGAAUAAGGCCGCGAAAAGUCCUUGGGAACUCAAGGGAAUGUUGAUUGGAAAUGGGUGGAUCUCACCCGCAGAGCAGUACAAAUCCUACCUGACAUUUUCAUAUGAGAAGGGACUGGUUGAGCGCGGCAGCGAAUUGUCAAAACGAUUGGAAUCGCAACAAGCCAUCUGCAUGAACGCGCUGAGUCAGAAUGGAGCCAGUGACCGUGUGGAUUUAGGUGAGUGUGAGGCGGUGCUCCAGGAAAUCCUCAAAGAGACGGGAACGCAGGCUUCGGACGGCAGUAUGCAGUGUUAUAAUAUGUACGAUAUCCGGCUGAAGGACAGCUAUCCUAGCUGUGGCAUGAACUGGCCACCUGACCUAAAGGAUAUGACGCCCUAUCUUCGCCGACAAGAUGUUCUGGAAGCUCUUAAUAUUGAUCCAGACAAGCGCACUGGCUGGACUGAAUGUAACGGCGCUGUAGGAGGUGCGUUCAGGGCAAGCAACUCAAAGCCAUCCAUCCAUCUUCUACCACAUCUCCUCGAGGAAGUCCCUACCGUGUUAUUUUCUGGAGCUGAGGACCUUAUUUGCAAUCACAUCGGCACAGAAGACCUUAUCAGCAAUAUGGAAUGGAACGGAGGGAAGGGCUUCGAGCUCUCGCCCGGUACAUGGGCACCUCGACGGGCCUGGGAGUUUGAGGGCCAGCCAGCAGGCUUCUACCAAGAAGCUCGGAAUUUGACAUACAUCCUAUUCUACAAUUCCUCCCACAUGGUUCCAUUCGAUUACCCGAGACGAACCCGGGAUAUGCUUGAUCGCUUCAUGAAAGUGGAUAUUGCAAGUAUCGGUGGGACGCCGACCGACAGCCGCAUUGACGGUGAGAAAGGCAUUCAGACAUCAGUUGGUGGCCACCCCAACAGCACCGCUGCUAAGGAGGAAGCAAAGGCCAAGGUCGAAGCAGCCAAAUGGUCGGCUUACUACAAGUCCGGCGAGAUUGUCCUUGUCAUAGUCAUCAUAGCUGCCGCAGCAUGGGGCUAUUACAUCUGGAGAGACCGUCGUCGACGUUCCGGAUACAAGGGCGUUCUCGGUGGCGACUCAUCGCUUUCGCUUAGUGGUAUUCGCGAACGGGGCCGUGCCGGUCUUGAGAAUCUCAGGCAUAAAAGGGCUACUAGGGAUGUGGAGGCUGCAGAUUUUGACGAGAGCGAGUUAGAUGAUCUGCACGUGCAGACUCCUACUACGGAGGGAAUAGAUCAAGAGAGAUACGGCGUGGGACAUGAUAGUGAUGAAGAAGAGGAUGGGAGGUCGGAGAAGCAUGGAAAUGGCCAAGCUAAUGGGAAGAGCGCGGAGCAACGAUGA